CUAUAGAUUGAACCAUGUACUAUUACAAAUGAUCUUUAUAUGAAUUAUAUAAUGUUAAAAACUUUUGUUGCGGAUGGUGAUUUAGCUGGAUCUAUAACUGUGAAAGAAUAUGAAGGACGUUAUUUUCCAGCACAUUUUCCAGAUAUACAUUCUCACUGGAAAUUCAUGCAGUCAUUUGAAGCCAAUGAAAAUGAUGUCAUCAUUUGCUCAUAUCCAAAAUCAGGUUUCCAUUGGAUAUGGGAAGUAGUGACAAUGCUACUUAAUAACACAUCGGUUAUAACAAAGGAACUACCAGCGAAAUAUCUUUUAGAAAUGGGAGCUUUACGAAAAGUACAACAGUCACCACCACCACGAGAUUUUGGAAGCCAUUUGUAUUAUAAAGAACUUCCGGUAUCAAUCAGACAAAAGAAAUGCAAAAUAAUUAAUGUUAUAAGAGACCCUAGAGCAGUUGCAGUUUCAAGUUUCCAUUUCUAUACGAAAUUGAAAGACAGUGAUUGGAAAGGUACCUGGGCUGGUUAUCUUAAUCUUUUUUUGGACGGUAAAGUUCUGUUCAACGACUGGUUUCAACAUGCAAAAUUAUGGGAGAGCGUUAGAAAAAAUAAUCCUUAUAAUCCUAUACAUGUUCUGUCGUAUGAAGACGCAAGAAAGAAUCCGUUUCAUGAGUUUAAAAGACUCGCUAGAUUUCUUGAGGUCGAUGUAAAAGACUCUAUGAUAAUGACCAUUGCAGAACAAACAAAGUUUUCGAAUAUGAAAUCUUCUAAAGAAGCGACUAUUGGACACCGUUUCAAGGACGUAUUUUCGGGCAACAAAUAUCCUUUAUAUAGAAAAGGUACAGAAGACGACUGGAAAUCUUAUUUUACAUUGCAACAAAAUGCUGAAUUUGAACAGAUUUACAAAGAAAGAAUGAAAUACAACAAAUUGCAGCUAAAAUCGAGCAUAAACCCCGGUUGUCUGGAUAGUGGCUGUGUAGAGACGACUAGAUAUGAAUCAAAGUUGUAGCAAUAUAAGGACAAUCCAUAAUAUUUCAAUCAUUCAUUAUCAUUUCAGCAUUUUUUCUUAUAUGCCUCAAAUCCAACCAAAGUUAUAUGCGGUGAUUUUUUAUAUCUGUGUUUGAUCCUCUGUUUGAUAUGUAAAACUGUUGACCCGGCAUUAAUACAAACUGGUAGAAACGAUGAUUUUUUCUUUAUUAUACAGCCGUUAGAAGUAACAGCUGCUAGUUAGAAACUGACCUAUAUACUUAUUUAUUAUGAUGAAUUUUAGAUGCUUUAUCGUUAGUGUUUUUAAAGGUUCGUUAUGUUACUUGAAUGUUUUGUUUAUUUUUUGUCACAAAUCUUAAAGGUUAAUUCACAGGAAAAUAAAAUAAUAUCAAGUCA